AUGUACAGAGGAGCCUCUAUCAGAGUGAAGGACAGAAGCGAGAAAACGGACCCGAUUCAAAUCAAAUCGGGAGUCAAACAAGGAGAUCCUAUUUCGCCAACUCUCUUCAACAUGUGUCUGGAGAACGUUAUCAGGAAACACCUCUCCGAAUCGUCUGGUCAACACUGCCUCUCAUCGAACAUCAAGCUUCUAGCUUUCGCUGUUGACAUGGCAAUCCUCGCAGGAUCAAAGGAACAGUUGCAACGAGAACUGGAUGCAAUGGAUGAAGAUUGUACUCCUUUGAACUUGAUUUUCAAGCCAGCCAAGUGUGCUAGUUUGGUCAUCGAGUUUGGGAAGAUACGUCCACAUGCUGAGUUGAAAUUGAAAGGCCAACCAAUACGCAACUUGUCAGAGAAUGACUCGUACAACCCCAAAAAUCAUAUCACUAUUUUUUUUAAAAAUUUCCCCACUAUUCCCUGA